CACGUUUGUUUCUUUGCUUUGUUUAUGUCCAAUGAUUCCUCUUUCUUUUUUUGAGUUGUUGGGGAUGGAUGCACCAAUGCACCUUGAUAACCGGACAUACUUGGCCUUAUAAAAGGGCUGCCCUCUCCCUUAUCUCUCCACUCUUCUCACCGACCUUCUUUCCUCUCAACUCUUACCCCGUCUCGACCAAAGUAGUCAAGCAAAGUAUACACAUACACAUACAGCCAUGUCAAAGACAGAGUCCUUCCUCAUCGAUCUCGCCUUCAACGGCCAGUCUGAUUACGACGCAAACCCAUCGCUGCACUCGACCUCGACCCGCCGGUCUCCCUCCUCCCAUGGUGGCCUCCCACAUCUUCAAAUGGCCCAACUUCAGGCACCCCGUUUCGACGAGGCCACAUUCGACCCCGAGGCACGGUCAGCGGCACCAUCGAAGGAUCUUUUCGAGUCCAUGGAGCCACAUCUCCGACUCAACCAUACCAAGAACACUGCCCCCACUCGCUCCAAGCUGUAGACUUUGCAGCUCCCUCCCGUCCGCCUGCAUGUACCCUCAUUUCGCACACCUCAAUUUGCACAGUUCGUUAUCUCUUGAUAUCUUUUGAUCACUCUCCGACUCCAUCCUUCAUCCCAGCAUUUAUUAAAGAAAUUUUAAAUCAGU